CUUGUUUUAUCUGAGGGCACUACUGACAGCAGAGAAAAACAGAUAGAUACCUGCCCGUGUGGGGGUUGCAUUUUGAGAUGAAUUUGGUCUUCUCUGUAGAUUGUAGCUGUCGCCUUUAACCUGGGGAGGGAGUGGGAAAACAUCGGGUCUGUGCCUCUGUUGUUUCUGGGGCAGUGGGGGGGAAGGCCAUUCAGCCCACUGUAGGUGUGCGGUGAUGGCCGCGGCCGACCUGCUGUCCCUGGAGCAGCAGCUCUCCUGCUCCAUUUGCCUGGAGGUAUUCACCGAGCCGGUGAACCUGCCGUGCGGGCACACCUUCUGCCUGCGCUGCAUCGACAAGAACUGGCAGCAGAGCCCGGCCAGCGCCUGCCCCGAGUGCCGGGCCUCCUUCGUGCCCAGGCCUCCCCUCCGGAAAAACAUCGUCCUGUGCGGCAUCGUGGACGAGUUUAACCGCCAGGCCCCGGCCCCCCGUGUCCCCUGUGACCGCUGCGGGGACACCAAGGCGGUGAGGUCGUGCUGGGCCUGCCUGGCCACCCUGUGUGAGGCCCACCUCCGGCCCCACUACCAGGACGAGCAGCAGUACCGAGGGCACCAGCUCACCGAGCCCGUACCGGGCCUGAGCCGCCGCCGGUGCCCGGCCCACGGCAAGCUGCUCGAGUUCUUCUGCCGCAGCGACGGCGCCUGCAUCUGCGGCCUGUGCAUCGUGCAGCAGCACCGGGAGCACACCGUCACCGGUGCCGAGGAGGAAGCCUCCCGCCUCAAGAAACUCCUUCAGGAAGAGAAAAUAAGAAGACAGGGUCAGAUUGAAGAUAUCAAUACAUCAAUUUUUAAAUUGAAAGAGAACGUUACUUCCAUCAAAGAAACAACAUUCCAGGUGAGGUCUGACAUUGAUAAGCACUUUGGUGAUCUGCUCAACUGUAUUAAAGAAUCUCAGAGUAUUACAACAAACAUUAUUGACAGUGAGGAGGCUGUUACCUUGGCUCAAGCUGACAGCAUCCAAAGCUGGCUGCACCACAGGUGCAGUGAGCUUACCAGGAAGCGUGAUGAGAUAGACCGCCUGUUGAAAGCUGACAACAUCCAAUUCUUGAAGGAGUUUCAAACUCUGGAAGAGAUAGAAAUGGAUCUGGUGUUACCCAUGUUAGACACAGACAUUGAUAAGCAGCUUUCCAGUUUGAAGAGCACCGUUUUUGAACUGACUGAGAUUAUUAUGCAGCAGCUGCAGGAGGCCCACAAGGAAAAGCUACCUACAAUCAAAGAAAAUGGUUUUUGCUCUAAUAGUCAACCUCCAAAAUUAAAUCAGUCGUGCAGUUCAACAGCUACACCAUCUCUACAGAAGACUCAUUUCCAGUCUGUGUCAAAUCCUACUCAACCUGUUACCCAUCAGCAACCUAUAACCCCACCCCCCGGCCAGUGGGCAAUGGUAACUCCGGAGAUAAAUGCUACUUUCCAAUCUUUGCCAAAUGAAGCUCACAGGGUCGUGCCUUGGCCUCCAUCACCCUCGGUAGCGAGAGCUCAUAGUCUCAGGGGACUCCCAGACAAUCAGCAAAGGGGUGUGGUACUGAGUGGCCAGUACAGUAUUGCUCCAUACAGAACUCCUUUUGUCAUACCUACAUUGCCUCAACCAUCUCGGGUUAGACACCAGCAAACUAGUAUAUCUGUUAAGGAGCAGGAGCCUCUAACAGCCGCAAUGCUUUCAGCACUCCCGCUCAAGAAACAGAAGCAGUUGCUGGGUGAUCGACUUUACCCCUUAAUAAAAACCCUACACCCUUCCACAGUGGGAAAGAUCACUGGAAUGCUACUGGAGUUGGAUAAUGAGGAACUGCUACAGUAUUUGGAGUGCUCAGAUUCCCUUCGCUCAAAGUUUACCAUCUGUCUGGUCUAUGGUUCUGCUUAGGUUGAUGAAGCUGUGAUGGUUUUGCAGAGACAUCAGGCUCAGAAAGACUCCCUUCAGAGGGCUACCUCAAAACAGAAGAAAUGAGAAGCAACAAUUCGCAGGGACAGCCAGCACUGUUAGAGUACUGCAGUUUGCACCAAGGAGUUGAUGUGUGAUUAGUUUACAGUAGGAUCUCGGCUGAUCUUUCACUUCCAAGUUUUGCAGUGGCAGAAAUCUGAUGACUCACGGGCUUUUGGUUAAUUUGAAAGCCAGUUGAUGUUAGUCAGGCGUGUAGCAAACAAACAUUGCCCACAGUCCAACAUUGGUUAGCACUGAACUCUCAAUCUCACUCGGAGAGGCCAGUGUAUAGCUAAGGAUGGAAUUGUCACGUUUCACUGGGAGAUGUUGAAGACUGGAGAUAUAUUACACUUUGCUAAUUUUAAGGGCAUUUAAAUGGUCAUUGGAUAAACAUACGGAUGAUAAUGGAAUAGUGUCGGUUAUAUAGGCUUGAGAUUGGUUUCACAGGUCAGUGCGACAUCGAGGGCCGAAGGGUUGGUACUGCGCUGCAAUGUUCUAUGUUUAAUUUAAGUAAUUGAAGCACAAAAAGCACAUAACCUAAGCUGCAUUAAAAUCAGAAGUGCUGGCACAGAAUGUGAUAAACUGAAACCUUUUACAUUCCCCAUUAUGGAAACCCUUCAUUUUGAGAAAUUCAGCUUUAAAAAUGAGCAUUUUUAAUAGAUGUAUAUAGUUUUAAAGCCAUAGGUAGAAACUUUAACCUUUUGGCUGCGGCACCAUCGCUUCUCAGUGUACAGCACAUUUGUAAGCACAAUUUUAAGAUCACGUUUUAUCCUGUGAAACACAUUUUAGUUUUUGCAGACAUCAAUCUUUGUCUGAGUUGCUGGAAAGUUUCCGAGCAUAUUGAUGGCAUGUGUAGAGAGAAUGUUGAUGGAAAUAAUUUUCUUUGAGUUGACCAAUUAGUAGCCAGAAUUUGACUUGCCAACCAAUUAAGGAUGGUGAGCAGACUUUCAAAGAUGCAGCUCGCUUUUUCACAACAGAAAGAGACCAACAAGUUCCUUUCCUCCAAGUCUUUUUUUUAAAAAAGUUGUAAUAGUAGCUCAUUUGGUUAGACAUGUUGGAUUGACUCCGACUUGGAUAAAAGCUGCAGAAUCUCGGGCACAUAAAAUGUCCAGAAUAUUCAGGGUCAGUAUAAGUAAGAGCAACUAUGUUCCUUUCUAGUUUCCUUCAUAGUAAAGUCAUUCCAUUUAGAACUUAGUUUCCAUCAUUUAUGCAGUUGUCAGCCUCAAGUCUGAUUUUGCAAUUGUUUUGAUUUAAAUACCUUUUUGUUAACAAACGCAUGGAAAAACCCAUAUAAUUGCAAAUAGAAUUGAACUCAGUUCCGUGGUCCUGAGGUACCCUGGCUGAAUUUUCCCAGAAUGAAAAUAGGAUAGUGAGCCUUGAUUAUUUGUUUGGCAGUUUUUUUAUGCAAUGCUGGGGCUAGCAAACGCCGAAUGUUAAUUAUGUUUACAGUUUAUGUUGAAACAAAAAGCCCAGAGCAUAAUGUAAUGACACAAUGUGGAGCUGGAGGAACACAGCAGGCCAGGCAGCAUCAGAGGAACAGUAAGCUGAUGUUUCGGGUCAGGACCCUUCAGAUAUUUCAGAAGAAGCAUCCCGACCCGAAACGUCAGCUUUCCUGCUCCUCUGACACUGCCUGGCCUGCUAUGUUCCUGCAGCCCCACACUGUGUUAUCUCAGACUCCAGCAUCGGCAGUUCUUACUAUCUCAGAGCAUGAUAUGAAUGUUUUCGCUGGGUUUCAUGAUGUUCCUCUGGUUUUUUUAAUGAAUUGUUCUGAAUACUUGACCCAAUUUUUCUGCUAUGUGUAGACCUCGGCAGCUGUACUCAAUGAUAGCAGAGGCACAGAAAUAUUUCUAGAAAGGUGCGUGUGUGUUUUAUUAUAAGUCAUACAUUUUGUACCCAAUGCUACUUGUAUGUGUUUAUAUGAAUUGUGAUUCAU